AUGACCUGUGAAGAAGACUCGAAUUGUCCCUGGACCCGGGGAUACAACGACAUGAGCUUUUGGUUUGACAUGUGCGAGACUGCCUUCGGGUUCAACGAAUCUGACGUCCGACACCAUGUCGCCACGACCAACGCCUUCUACGGCGGUACUCGCUUCCCCGGUGGGUCUCAUGUGGUCUUUGCCAACGGCGAAGUCGACCCAUGGCACUGGCUUUCCAUCCUGGUGCCACCGGGUGGCGCAGAGGCCAACAUCGAUACCAUCUGGGUGCCGGGUGCCUCCCACUGCCAAUGGAUGCAGAACACUUGGGAUUCUAUGCCCCGAGCCUUGCACGCGGCCAAAGAGGCCAUCCAGAAUCGGAUCGCCUUGUGGAUCAGCUGA